AUGAAUUUGAAAGCUCAAGGCUUGGAGCACACUGUUAAAGAAAAUAAAAGUCCCUCUGGUCAAACAACUGAUACUACCACUUCUACAAUGACUGUUGCAAAACCUGUUACUGAACAAGAUAAGGCAAAAGCCUUAGUGUUGUUAAGGCAUCAUUUACAUGAAGGCCUUAAAACUGAGUACAUGAUGGUUGAAGAUCCCAAAGAAUUAUGGGAUUGCCUUAAUGAAAGAUUUGGACACCACAAAAGGGUGCUCCUUCCUAAGGCAUUAUUUGACUGGACAAAUUUACGGUUCCAGGAUUUCAAAUCUGUAAUUGAUUAUAAUUCAACCAUACAUGAGAUAGUGUCUAUAUUGAGAUACUGUGAUCAUCCAGUUUCGGAUGAACAGAUGAUUGAAAAAACACUCACUACCUUUCAUGCAAGUAACAUACUGUUGCAAGAACAGUAUCGUGAAAGAGGUUUUAAAAAGUUCAAUGAAUUAAUGAGUGUAUUGCUUGUUGCAGAACAAAAUAGUGAACUUUUGUUGAAAAAUCAUAACCUGAGACCAACUGGGUCUUUGGCCACUCAUCAUGAGGCAAAUGCAACAAAUUCCUAUCCACCCGAGUCAAAUGCUAUAAGAAGAGGUGGACGUGGAAAUUACAAUGGCCGUGGAAAAGGCCGUGGAAAUUAUCGCGGACGAGGCCGAGGACGUGGUAGAAACAAUUUUCAAAGAAACAGUAAUUUCAAAAAUUUUGAAAAACAGAAGGGACAGUCAUCUGGAAGCCACAAACAAACUCUUUCAAAAGGAAAAGACACAUGUUACAGAUGUGGCAUGACAGGACAUUGGGGACAAGCAAAUUAUGUUAAUGAAAAAAAUGCUCCAUGUCCUACCCUUGAUGUGUCCGAUUUCUUCAUGGACAAUGCUGAAACUGGGAAUGAUUUCAUUCUUGGAGAAAACAACAAUGCUUAG